CCGAGCUGACCCCUACCGAUACCCGCCGGCCGCCGCAGCUGUCGAUCUCUCCGCGCCGCCCCCUCGCCCCUGCACUGUCUCUUCCCCGGUUCGCCGCGGACUGCGCAUAGUUGCUGAGUUCCGCCACCGGUUCCACUGCCAAUGGCUGCCGCACGCGCAGCCGCGAAGCAGGUGACCAAGCGGAACUUCCCGGAGGCGCUGCAAGAGCUGGCGGCUCACCUGAAGGAGUGCGACUACGUAGCCGUCGCGGCGCUGAAGACGGGCGCCCCCACCGGGUGGCGACGCGCGCUUCCGGUUGACACCGCCGAGACGGCGUACCUGAAGGCCAAACUCGCUGCCGAGUCCUUCCAGCCUCUCCACAUCGCCGUCUGCCCAUUCCGCUUCGACGCCACCUCCCAUUCCACCGUCGUUGCCUACCCGUACAAUUUUCAUUUGUUUCCCAGAGAUGAGUUACAGCUUGGAAUGCCUUCUUAUAGUUUCUCCUGCCAAACAUCUUACUUUUCAUCCAUGGCCCGUGAUGGUUUUGAUUUCAAUAUGUGCAUUUAUGAUGGUAUAUCUUAUCUAUCAAGGGUGCAAGAAUCCUUGGCAAGGCAAAAGAUCUUUAUCCCUCAUCUUCGCCAGCCAUCCCCAUCACCAAGCACAACUGUUGCCGAUUCAGUUUUUACAACUAGAAUUAAGUCAAGAAUUCAGCAUUGGCGAAAAGGAUAUGCAGAGCCAAGUAAAACAGCUGAUGGUUCUUUAGUCAAUUCCCUUAGGAAACUAAUUUUGGGCGGUGAAUCAUAUGGUUCAAGGCCCAGUAUGAGCAUUGAUGUUUGCAGUGAUCGCCAAGUUCAACUGGUUUUGGAGACAAUAAAUCGUGUCUCUGAUGACCUUGUACCUCUUGUUGUUCCGGAUAAAGCUGGGAUGUCUAGGGCAGUGCGUGUGAUCUUUACUAGUUCUGAAGAGGAUAAGAAUCUUCUCCUGAUGGAUAUCCAAAAAUUGGAAGAUGAACAUAGUGUGAAGUUUCGUGGAUUUCGAGAAGUUAUUGAUCUGCUAUCAUCUUCACAGAAACCAAUCAUAUCAUACAAUUGCUUGAAUGACCUUACAAUGAUACACACCAAAUUUAUUGGGCCUCUUCCGCCAAACAUGCAUGAAUUUACGUGUUCCUUGAGGAUGGUUUUCUCUAGCGUUGUUGACGUUGGCCAUUUGUGGCGAGAAAUUGGCCCUUUGAGAAAUGCGAAGAAUAUACAAGCGGCUCUGAGUUACUUACAAAGACAGUACUUUGUGCCAAUGGAAAUAGAAAUACCACAGCAAGAUGGUACCAACAGUGUCACAAAAGGUGGAGAAAAUGUUCUAAGAAUUACAAAAUUAUUUGCUAAACUAAGUAUGUUACUUAAAAUCAGUCCCAAGCAUCAAUCUCAAUCUGGUGAGCAGCAUCACACAGUUGAAGAUUUCUGUAACAUCUUUUAUCCUGGUUGUAUGGCCGGAGAAUCUGAUGAUGUUGACUGCACUAAGGAGCCAGAUAUCACAAGGACAGUGAGCACUGACAGUGUUAUUUUCUUGUGGGGCUUUAGGAAGACAUCUGCCAAAGAACUGAGAUAUCUCCUUACAAGAUUACAUCACGUCUUCUCAAACGAUUUUGAGCUAAGAUUGUUGGAUAAGACUUGCUCCGUUCUGAUAUUUCGCAGUUCUGAUACUCCAAUGGAAUUACUAAGGGAGAUUAGCUCGGAGAGUCCCUCACUGAAUAAUUUCUUCUCGGAAGGUCUGAAAGCUGCAGGUUUUGAUGUCUACUGGAAGGUUUGCAGGUUAGGACUUUGGGAUUCGGAUUUAGCCGAGGCCCUGGAGGCUGUUUCAUCAGAGCAAGCUACUUCAGCGCUUUCUGGGCAUGGUACCUCUGAGAUAUACUGGAAUAGUUCAUUGAUGCUAGAUAUAAAGGAGUAUCUGGAAUGCUAGAACAUUAUAUGACCCUAAGAUUUUGUUCAAGUCAUAGCAGAUUAAUGAGAACACCUCACAGAUAGCAGUCAUAUCAGACAAGGUAAAUCAAGAAGUGGAAGCUUGCUUGUUUGACUAUUUUUGCCCAGGACAUGCGAGGUUUACUCCAGGUGAAACUUUAUUUUAUUUGUCUCACACUCCAUGUGCAUAUUUGAGUUGAGCUUCUACACCUGAUCAAACCGGUCAGCAUUUCUUGGAUUUUUGGUGAGCUACCCGUCUUCCAUAUCCCUCUGAUGAGAACAUGACUUACAUGACCCAUGUGGCGGACAACAAAUCAUCGACAGAUGAAGGGCUGUCUAUUUUUAUGGAACGGUGGCAGAAGAUUUUUAGCCCAAAUUGUUAACCCAGCCUUGAAAUUGAGCUUGCACAGCACGUGGAUGAAUGGUUGAUAUUCCGAAGGGCGUACUUGUGCAAUCAGUUAAUCUCCUAUUUUAGUGACGGAUGACACGCCGGCCUUGACGGUAUAGGGAUUCUUCGAAAUGGGAUAACGCGUAAGAGAUUGGUGUAGCGUUAGCUGGCUCCGUAUACUCUUGCGGUAGCCGCACUUGCAAAAUCGGCAAAUUCAGGCCGAAUUUGGAGCCUUCGCCCCGCAGUCAGCCAGACAUUGUGAACACUAGCCAUCGCGCUCCUGCCUAACCACAUGGGCAUUCGGUCGGCAGUCUCUGACCCGUAUCAUAACGUUGUGAACGAGAGCAAUAUUAAAAGUCCCCUUUCGAUGCA